UAUUUGCAGCGGAGGGCCUGUCCCGGAUGCCACUACGACACUCCCUAAUGAAUGAUUUGAGUUUCCAUUACACAUUCCCAUUGGUGAAUCAACCAACAGCAUGCGAUCGGAACCGGGUCCCUGGACCCUCUCAAUCGGUUCCCGAUCCCAGCGUUCGACAAUCUGGCAGCGUCCAAUGUCAGCUCCCCAUGUUCGCGUCUCCUACCACCCUGACAGCAUCCAUGCUUUGGGUCUUGGCUCGGACCCUGGCCCCUGGUCGGCGCUCCUAUUUUCCCGCCGAUGUCGUCGUCCAUUCACGCCCCUCCCUCCUUAUUCAGUUCGUCGAACAGAACGCAUGGCUCGGUCAUUUGGCAAUCGCCCCAAAGACGCAAUCCUUCUCCACGUCUUUUCCCCUCUUGGUUUGGUCGAAACAAUGGAGCAAGAAGAAACGGUGGUGAAGAUGAUGCAUAGUCACUCGUCGCCACGAUCAAAUUUGACUUCGCCGAUGUCGAUCAAACAGCCCCGAUUGGGUAGAAUGGAUCACUCAAAAUUCAUUAUUCUGAGACCGACGACUCGAAGAUCACGUUUUCAUCGCGCGUCC